AUAUCAUCGUUACUUCGUGUCUCAAAACGCCGGUAGACCCAUACACCAAGACGCCACUGGCUUUAUAUGAACGAGAGAGAGUACUCCCGUACGCGACGAAGGGACAACUGGAUAACCGAGAUUAUGAGAAAGAGCUGGAAUACGCCCAGGGAGCAGCAAACAAAGCCACACUUCUGAAAGAGGGUCUUAUGUAGCCUCUGUUAGAGAAUCUGCUGCUAAGACAAGUGCCCUCUGGAAGGAUUUUCUUGCCAUAUGGCAUUCCAAGCUGACAUACUGAUAAUGAGCUUAAACUGAGGGUUGCAUGUCUUCUUCAUAUUACACCGACCACAGUAUGGAAUACGACUCGGAGUGUGACGUGCCGGCGGCGGAGGAAGACUCUCCGGGAAAGGGCUCUCCGCUCCUGAUUAAGGACUACAGGGUGACGGGCGACCACAUCGACCUGCGCGAGUUCUACUUCUCCAACGAGGAGUACUACCGUAAGCUGGAGCAGCUGAAAAAGGCCCACCUGCACACCAUGUCUCAGCUGGAGCAGAUGUACCGCAAGAAGCUGGAGCUGAAGGGAGGCCGGGGGCCGGGGGGCAACACGCAGCAUCCUCAGCAGACGCAGUGGGGAGGAGGUGGCUUAGUGCAUCCAGGGUGCCGUCUGAAGAAGUCCCACUCGGCCCACGAGCUGUGUCAGGCGUCUGACGGGUCGGACGAUGAGGAUGAGGAAAACAGGCCGGAGAAAGGCCUGUUGCUCUCGCCCAAAGAGCGCAUUAAGAACAUGUGGCAGGACUUCUCGGUGGACAAGCCCCUCCGAAGUCGCCGACGACCCGGGCACCACGACUCCUUCUCCUCGCUCCAGAGCCAGCCGGGUGACGACGCUGACUGGCAGGACCUGGCACGUGGCAAGGUUAAAGGUCGGCGCGGGAUGCGGAAGAAAGUGGUGGAGAAGAGAAAGAAGAAGAAGAAAGAGGAGGAGGAAGAUGGCGGCGGUGAGGGAGGAGAGGGUGGGCGUCCGCGCGCGACGGUCCCGCAGCCGUUCAACAUGACGCUGCGCGAGGCCGAGCGCAAGCGGCGCGGGGUGAAGACGCGCGCCGAGGUGGAGCGCGAGAACGCCGAGCUCCGGCGGCAGCUGGAGGACCUGACCGAGUGCCAGCGGCAGUUCCGCGCCAGCCCCAUGCCCGCGCACGUCCGCCUGCCUCUCUACGAGGAGCUGCAGCGUCGCCGCGACCGCUCCGCCGCGGCCGAGGACGGCACCGCGAAGACCUCCCGAUCGCCCCCGGCGUCGCGGCCCUUCAGCUUCCUGGAGCGCGAGCGGCUGAAACGGGAGCAGCGCGAGGAGGAGCUGCGUCGCAUCGCCCAGGAGGAGGCGCUGGACGCGCGCGGGCGGCCGGCGUUCCGGGCCAAGCCCGUGCCGCGGGCCGUGCGCGAGGUGGCGGCCGCCAACGAGCGGCUGAAGGAAGAGCAGCUGUACCGCGCCAUCAAGAUGCAGAUGCGGGCGCGCGACCUGCUCCACAGCGCCUCCAUGCCACCCAGCAUGCUGGCGCGCCGACUGGAGGAGCGAAAGCAGAAGGAGGAGGAGAGACAAGCGGCCGACAGCGACAGGGCGAGCCACCGGCCCAAGAUUAACCCCGACGUGCCGGACUUCGACGCCAGCUACCGGCGCUUCCAGAAGCAGCUGGAGCGCGGCAAGCGCGAGUCCAAGCCGCUGACCGCCUGCGAGCCCUUCCGUCUGCGCACGGCCAGCCUGCCCUCGCGGCGGGAGCGCGUCGCCGCGCCCGAAGCGGACACGACCCCCCGCGACUACCGCUGGCCGUUCCUGAGCUCGCCGUCCUCGUCGCCCCGCCAGCGUCGCGGCCCGCCCCGCACCUCCUCGUCCAGCCUCUGCUCCUCGCUGUCCGGCAGCCAGGAGGUGCUCAGCGCCAAAAUCACCGACGCCGCGCGCAAACGGCAAGACGCCAUAAGGAAGGUUCUAGAACAGAAGCAGAAGGCGGAGGAAGAGGAGAAGAGGUGGCUGGAGCGUCAGCGUGAGCGGGAGCGCCGUCUGCAGAAGGUGAUCACCCGAAGGGCGCAGGCCAUCGACCCGCACCAGACGCUGGCCCAGACGUGCCCGUCCAAACUCAAGGAGUUCAGAAAGCAGGACCAGCAGAGGAGGAGAGAGUACAGAGAGGAGAUGAAGGAGAUCCAGGAGAGGGUCAGGGGCAGGCCUCUGCUGCUGGAGCAGGUGGCACGGAACAACGCAAAGCAGGCUGCAGAGAGACGCUACGUAGAGGCCCUGAAGGCGUGCGGCCUCUCUGAGGAUUUUGUGCAAGACAAGGCGCUCAAGAACCGACGCUCUCGAAGCGAGUCGCCCUCAGUGCGGUCGCUCCAGAGUAACUCCACACGCAGGGGUAAGGAUGCAGCUCGGACAGACUCAGUCAGUCUGAACGGAUCCCUCCAUGAUUAUCAAGAUGAUUACGAGGAGUACCAGGAUGGAGAGGAUAAAGAUGAGGAAGAGGGAUACAGGAAAAGGGAGUACAGUCAGUACGAGAGUGACGGAGAAGACCAGAGUGACCCUGAGAGGCGUGAGGGGGACAGUGCCUCGAAUGACAACGACGACCCGGAUUACAACGAGGAUGACCAGGAUGAAAGUGACAAAGGAAGUGACAUCAUCGACAGACACAAGGACAGCCAGAGCAGCAGGAGCAACUAGAGCAAUCACAGUUACCAUGGCAGCAAGGGCAGAAAAAGUAGAGAGCACUCAACUGUUUUUUUUAUAACAGUUUUUUUUUUCUCUUUUCUUUUUUGAGAGUGAGAUGAUGAGAUGGAGUUAAAGAUGUAGAGUAGAGAUGUUUGUGUCAGAUAGAUGGGUGGAUGCACUGACAGUGACAGGCCGUGGUGUAAAAAAGCAUGGACACAAUCAAUGCCUGGACGUGUUGUAAAUAUGGUCAUAUUAGAGAAUUGUAUGCAAUUGUUAUUAUUUAAAUAUAUAAAUUAUUUGUACAAAUUAUUUCAGACUUAUGGAAGACUAUAUAAAAUUGUAAUAUAAAUUGGCAUUAGUAUAGCCUGUAUAAGUAACUAGACAAAACAUGUAAGCUAAAGCCGUGGCUUGUAAUUAGCU